AGAGCAUAAUAAUAAUCUCCGAAUCUACCUUCCUUCCUUCCUUCCUUCCGCUCCCUUCCUUCCUCCUUCUUCCUGCUUUCAUCACCGAUUCUCAGCGACCAAAAUCGUGGGCAAAAAAAGAUCCUCUUUAUCCAUUGCCAUUUUCCACACCCGACGGGUCAAACCUAAACCCCUCCCACCCCUAAAAAAUUAAAAAUCACUCCGCACGCCUCUCCCUCCCUCCCUUUUCCUUCCUUCUUUGACACUCCCCCCCACCUCCUCCAUCCAAGAAUCACGCCUCCGCUCGCUCAGUCAAUUCGUCGAUCACCUAUCCAUCACCCGAUCGACCGCCGCCCAUGGCCGCCGCCGACCCCGCCCUCGUCGACGGCGCCUCCCUCCCGCCGCUGCCCAUCUUCCUCGCCAUGUUCCUCGCCGUCUACCUCGCCGGGCACCUCGUCGUGUUCCGCGGCUGGAGCCCCAAGGCCCGGCCCGAGGCCUCCAGCUGCCUGAUCUCCCUCGCCCACGGCACCGCCGUCGCCCUCGCCUCCUUCGCCCUGCUCUCCGACCCCUCCCGCGGCUUCGCGGCCCGCAACACCGGCGCCCAGGACGCCGUCCUCGAGUACAGCAUUGCCUACUUCCUGGCCGAUCUCGUGCACUACCUCGUGUUCUACCCCAAGGAUCUCCUCUUCAUCGGCCACCACUUGGCCACUCUCUUCGUCUUCCUCACCUGCAGGUACUUGGUCCGCCACGGGGCUUUCGCUAUCUUGGUACUGUUGAUCCUUGCGGAGGUCACGAGCGCUUGCCAAAACGCGUGGACGUUGUCCGGCGUGCGGAGGAGAGACUCGGCUCUUGCGGCUAAGGUGUUCGAUGCUUUGUCCGCACCUUUCUAUUCAUUUUAUUCCGUCGUCAGGGGGCUUUUUGGUCCCCUGUUUCUGUAUAAAAUGGGGGUGUUCUAUGCGAGUGGUGGGGCAGAAGGUGUGAUUCCAAGGUGGGUUUGGGUUUCUUGGCUGGUCGUGGUUUCGAUUGCCAUUGGUGUUAGCAUUUUGUGGGUCUCCAAUCUUUGGGUCGAACUCUUCAGGGAAAGAAGCAAAGGUAGACUGAAGAAAAAGUCGAGAUAGUCUUCUCUCAUUGUUCUCUUGUUGUAAUGAUAAUGUAUUUUAUGGUACACAUGUUAGAGAAGAUAAAAGCUCAGGUCAUUUAUAUUCCUCCCCCGAUGUCUGAAUGAACAGUUUCGAUGGUGAAUUGUGGAUCUUUUCUCUGGGGGUUUGGGUUGGGGCGUCGAUUGGGGGUGAUAUAUUAGAAGGGUGUUAUCAGUUAUAGAUUUGUGUCAUUGGAAGGAUAUAAAAGAAAUACAUGAAUAUCUCCGCAAGGCUUUACUCAUGCUUCUGCAGUA